AUGGGAGCAAUGUGUUCGACGGAAACUUAUGCAUUGGAUAAAGAAGCAUUUAAAUUACAAGCGGAGAAAAAUCGAUCGAUUGAUGCAGACUUGGAGAGAGAUCGGAAACAAAAAAUAUUGAAAUUAUUGAUUUUGGGUUAGAUUUUCAAAUUUAUAAAAAAUUCGGACUGAUUGAUAGAUUUUCAAAUUUAUAAAAAAUUCGGACUGAUUGAAUUUUUAAAGAAAAAUAUUUUGGAAAAUAGGUAAAGUUGAAAAUUUUGUGACACAAAUACAUUAACCAGUAAUUUUUUUCAAACUUUUUCAUAUAGUCCAAUCUCAAAAAUAUAUAGAAUUGUGAGGUCCAACGGUUUUGUAAGCUGUUUCAACAAAAUUCAGAAAAUUGGAACCGGUUCAGAGUUGUAUUUUGUUUUUUUUUCACCACGAUUCAAAAACAAUUUUUCCUAAAAAUCCAUUAUUAUUAUUAUUUUAAUUUUUGAUCUCAUUUCUGGAAUUUUAGGCCCUGGAGAAUCGGGAAAAUCAACAACAAUCAAGCAGAUCAAGUUUGUUUCUAUAUAAUUUGUUUUCAAAUUUUUAAUUAUUCAAUUCAGAAUCAUUCAUGAUGCUGGUUAUUCUCAUGAGGAAAAAGUGCUUCGAAAAUAUGGUAUUCUAAUGAACAUAUUAGAAGGUGUUGAUGAACUUCACACAAUAACAACCAAAUUAAACUUACAGUAUUCAAACCCACUCUCAUUUGUAAGUCUCCAAGGAAUUUUGAAUUUCUGAGAAUUAACAGAACAAUAAAAUUAAUUAAUAGAAAAAAUAUAAUCAUUUUUUUAUAGGAUCAUCUACAAGAAGUACGACAAUUUAUUGAAAAAUUCAAAAAAGCAAAAACUGAUGGAGAACAAAACCUUGCACCUGAAGUGAUUGAAGCUAUUUUUAAAUAUAAAAAAGAUGAAACAAUCAGUAAAAUGUUGAAAGAAAAAACAGUUUAUAAUAUUGAUGAUUCAACUAUUUAGUAAGUUCUCAAGAAUGUGAAAUUUGAUUUAUAAAAAAGAGAUUUUUACAGUUUUCUGGAUAAUUUUCCUCGAAUAAUAAGUGAUGAUUAUAUUCCAACAGAAGAAGAUAUUUUAAAAAGUAGAGUUGCGACUUCAGGAGUUGUACAGUAUAAAAUUGUUCUGAAAAACUUCAACUUCAGGUGUGUAUUUAUUAUUAUUUUUGUUUUAUAAAAAAUAACAUUUUUUUCCAGAAUUUUCGAUGUUGGAGGGCAGCGAGCACAGCGUCGAAAAUGGCUUCACGUUUUUGACGAUGUUCAUGCUGUUCUUUUUAUCACUUCACUUUCGGAAUACGAUCAAGUUUUACGUGAAGAUGAAUCUGUGGUAAUUGGAAAAUAAUUAAAUUUUUUGCAUUCCUUUGCACUAAUUUUUCAGAAUCGAAUGAAGGAAUCAUUGAAUUUGUUCGAAAAAAUCUGCAAUGGAAAAUAUUUUUAUAACACGGCGAUGAUUCUAUUUCUGAAUAAAAUUGAUUUAUUCGAAAUGAAAAUCAAGCAUACAAAUAUUAAUGUUGCGCUGACAAGUUAUAAAGGUUAGUGUUUUUUUUAAAUAAACAAUUAAAGAAUAAUUAUUUCUUGUAUGGCAUUUUUCCUGACUCAUACAUAUUUGUUCAGUAAAUUUUUGUCAGAAAACUAAUUGACGUCAAUGAGUUGACUCACUUAUAAUUAGAUGAGUUCGUGCAUUUUUGAUGAUUAGUUGAACAAAACAAACACACAUAAACUUUUAUUUAUCAUUUUUUAUUGGAUUCGAAAAGAAACUGUGAUAACUUUAGGUGCGCAAGAAAAAGAACCUGCUUUGGAGUAUAUUCGGAAACGUUUCACUACAUUAAAUAAGAAUAAAAAACGAACAAUUUAUACACAUGAAACAUGUGCAACUGAUACACAACAAAUUCAGGUAUAUUUUAUUUUCAAUCAGAUUUUUGAGAAAAACAAUCAAAUGUGUUCAGGUUGUUAUUGAUUCAGUGAUUGAUGUUGUGAUUCAACACACAAUGCAAAAAGUUGGAAUUCAGUAG